AUGCUUGUUCUACUUCACUCGAUCUUUCACGUUGCCUUUUGCUUCAAAGAUGGUCUACUACCAAAUGGUGACUUCGAAUUCGGACCACGACAUUCGGACAUGAAAGGAACACAAGUUACGAACAAAACAUCAAUCCCUAAUUGGGAACUCUCAGGCUUCGUAGAGUACAUUCCCUCGGGACACAAACAAGGCGACAUGAUCCUUGUCGUGCCUAAAGGCGCUUUCGCAGUGCGCCUAGGCAACGAAGCCUCGAUCAAACAAAAAAUCAACGUUAAAAAAGGGCUAUACUAUUCGAUCACGUUCAGUGCGGCUCGAACAUGCGCACAAGACGAGAGGUUAAACGUUUCUGUAGCUCCUCACCACGGAGUAAUGCCGAUCCAAACAGUAUAUAGUAGCUCGGGUUGGGAUUUGUAUUCAUGGGCGUUUAAGGCACAAAGUGACUCUGCAGAGAUUGUGAUACAUAAUCCAGGUGUUGAGGAAGAUCCUGCUUGUGGACCACUUAUUGAUGGUGUUGCUAUGAGAGCUCUUUAUCCUCCUCGUCCCACCAACAAGAACAUUUUAAAAAACGGAGGAUUCGAAGAAGGUCCCUGGGUUUUACCAAACACAUCAUCGGGAGUUUUGAUCCCACCAAACUCCGUCGACGAUCACUCUCCGUUACCGGGAUGGAUGGUCGAAUCUCUCAAAGCCGUUAAAUACAUUGAUUCCGAUCAUUUCUCCGUUCCUCAAGGCCGUCGCGCAGUCGAAUUAGUCGCCGGAAAAGAAAGCGCCGUCGCACAAGUCGUCCGUACGAUCCCUGGUAAAACCUACGUCCUCUCAUUCGCCGUCGGAGAUGCGAGCAACGCAUGCGCCGGAUCUAUGAUCGUCGAAGCAUUCGCCGGAAAAGACACGAUCAAAGUACCGUACGAAUCGAAAGGGAAAGGUGGAUUUAAGAGAUCGUCGUUGAGAUUCGUCGCUGUUUCGGAUCGGACUAGGGUUAUGUUUUACAGUACGUUUUACGCCAUGAGAAACGACGAUUUCUCGAGCUUGUGUGGGCCGGUGAUCGACGAUGUUAAACUUCUCAGUGCUCGGAGGAGGCAGUGA